AUGUUGAAGCUACGUUUGUUCAGAGUGAGAAAUGCCCUGGUGCGAGAGUGUAUGGCUGAAUUCUUGGGAACUUUCAUCUUGCUGCUCUUUGGCUGCUCUGCUGCAGCUCAGGUGAAAACCAGCAGAGAGACUAAAGGCCAGUUUCUGUCAGUCAACAUGGCCUUUUCUGUGGGUGUCAUGUCAGCCAUGUACCUCACCAAGGGCAUCACAGGUGCUCAUCUCAACCCAGCUGUGUCUCUAAGUUUCUGUGUGUUGGGGCAGGUACCCUGGGGAAGGCUGGUGCCCUACUGCCUCUCCCAGCUGCUGGGGGCUUAUGUGGCAUCAGGGCUUGUCUACCUGAUUUACUAUGAUGCUAUAAUGGAGUUUAGUGGCGGAGUGCUGACUGUGUAUGGCCCAAAUGAGACAGCGUCUAUAUUUGCCACUUAUCCCUCAGAGUACAUGAGUUUGGGUGGAAGUUUUCUUGACCAGGUGGUGGGCACUGCCAUGCUGAUGCUGUGCAUCUUGUGUUUGGGUGAAAAGAGGAACACCCCCGCUCCCUCAGAGCUGAUUCCCCCUAUAGUGGCAGUGAUUGUCCUGGGGAUCUCCAUGUCAAUGUCAGCUAACUGUGGUGCGGCAAUAAAUCCUGCUCGGGACUUGGGGCCACGCCUCUUUACACUGACUGCAGGCUGGGGACCUGAGGUCUUCACGUGUUACAACUACUGGUUCUGGGUACCUCUGGUGGCUCCACCUAUUGGUGGUGUUUUAGGUACUUUCAUGUAUUUGAUCUUCAUCCACUGGCACCUGCCUGACCCAGACCCCCCUGAGAACCUCUCCACCCCCUCCACCAUCAGUGACAAAAUCAAGCAGCCAGCCACCACAUGGGAAAAUGGAGUGGAGCUAAAAGCUGCACAUUUGUAA